ACGCCCCAAACCACGGUGAAGGCGCGCUUCGCUAACUGACCGAGCUCAAGAAGAGAGGGAGGGGGAGGAGGACGCGAUCGAAUCUAGGGAUUCCUUGCCGGGAUGGCGAACAUCGACAUCGAGGGCAUCCUGAAGGAGCUGCCCAGCGAUGGGUGCUUGCCGAAGACGAAGAUCGUGUGCACGCUCGGGCCGGCGUCGAGGUCGGUGCCGAUGCUGGAGAAGCUGCUCAGGGCCGGCAUGAACGUUGCCAGGUUCAACUUCUCGCACGGGACACACGAGUACCACCAGGAGACCCUGGAAAACCUCAGGAUCGCCAUGCACAACACCCAGAUCUUGUGCGCCGUCAUGCUCGAUACCAAGGGGCCUGAGAUUCGCACUGGCUUCCUGAAGGAUGGGAAACCUAUCCAACUUACGGAGGGUCAUGAAAUCACAAUCAGCACUGAUUACAGCAUCAAGGGCGAUGAAAACAUGAUUUCUAUGAGUUAUAAGAAGCUUCCUGUAGACUUGAAACCUGGAAACACCAUAUUGUGUUCAGAUGGUACGAUAACCAUGACUGUGCUGUCAUGUGACCCAGAUGCUGGAACUGUAAGAUGCCGUUGUGAGAAUACUGCAAAGUUAGGUGAGAGGAAGAAUGUCAAUUUACCUGGUGUCGUGGUGGAUCUCCCCACACUGACAGAGAAGGAUAAGGAAGACAUCCUAGGAUGGGGUGUUCCCAACAAAAUUGAUAUGAUCGCCCUGUCCUUUGUCCGUAAAGGUUCAGAUCUUGUUACUGUUCGAGAAGUUCUAGGGUCUCACACAAAAAACAUAAAGUUAAUGUCAAAGGUUGAGAACCAGGAGGGUGUGAUCAAUUUCGAUGAUAUACUGAGAGAGACAGAUGCCUUCAUGGUUGCCCGAGGUGAUCUUGGGAUGGAGAUACCGAUCGAGAAAAUCUUCCUCGCCCAAAAGAUGAUGAUCUACAAAUGCAAUCUUGCUGGCAAACCUGUUGUCACAGCCACUCAAAUGCUGGAAUCCAUGAUCAAGUCCCCUCGUCCCACACGAGCCGAGGCCACCGAUGUUGCAAAUGCCGUUCUGGAUGGCACAGACUGUGUCAUGCUCAGCGGUGAAAGUGCGGCUGGUGCAUACCCAGAGAUUGCGGUAAAGAUCAUGGCUCGGAUAUGCAUUGAGGCAGAAUCCUCCCUUGACAAUGAUGCCAUCUUUAAGGAGAUGAUAAGGUCUGCUCCUCUUCCUAUGAGCCCAUUGGAGAGCCUUGCAUCAUCAGCAGUCCGGACAGCUAACAAGGCCAAGGCCACAUUGAUCGUCGUCUUGACUCGUGGUGGCACCACGGCCAAGCUGGUGGCCAAGUACCGGCCUAGAGUUCCGAUCCUGUCUGUGGUGGUUCCAGUGCUGACGACAGACUCUUUCGACUGGACUGUGAGCGACGAGAGUCCCGCAAGGCACAGCCUCAUUUAUCGGGGUCUUGUUCCGCUGCUGGCGGAGGGUUCUGCCAAGGCUACCGAUUCCGAGUCCACAGAGAUGAUCCUGCAGGCAGCACUCAAGGCGGCAGUGGAUAAACGACUCUGCAAGCCAGGUGAUUCCAUCGUUGCACUACACCGCAUCGGUGUUGCUUCUGUCAUAAAGAUCUGCAUCGUGAAAUAAUUCAUGCAUAAUGCGAGAAAAUGGCUGCGGCUUGUCUUGCUGCAGAUUUUGCUGUGAAUUUAUGCUUCUGAGUUUUGUAGUAACAACGAUUAGCCCAAGCUCUGCCUGCUGUUUUCAGGCAAAUUACUACUAGUCAUAAUGAGCUGGGAACCAGAGAACCCUGUUUCCUUUCAGUUCUAUGUUUUCCAUGGAUUGCAUGCUUUAAACAAGCAGAGAGGCAGCUGAUGCAAAUCAAAACUUGUGAUUUCUUGUUAUUUGCAACCAAUCUGUUUGUUUCUA